AAAUACCUCACCAGCAAAGCAGCAAAGAGUGUACAACAGGCAGCAAUUGUGGGAUACAUUCCUCACUCAAAACGUCUUUAUGUAUGCGUAAAACGCCGCUGGAAUAGUUUUCGGUAUCAUAUUCUGGAUGCAUGCGACGUUGACCUUCAUAUGUAGAUUUUCGGUCAUGUAUUUGUAGUGUACAUUAUGUGCAUAUGGAGAAUAUUUUUUAUCUCUUCCGUAUUUCUGGCUGUCUAGAUUUGGAGUCUACAGAGAAGGGAACUGUCGCCACUUUUUGACCAACGCUUCGAAUAUUUUAUUUUGAGAGCACAAUUGGGAACAUUUGGAAAUUCUGACGUGGUUUAUAUUUGGACUUUUCACGGUUUCAGCCUAGUUGGGUGAAGGGGCCGUUUUUCAAUCCACACAUAUCGCUCCCUUUCCAGUGUUUCGUUUUGCACAGUUCAAUUGUAGGCGGCUAUCCUAAAAACUUGAACAGAACAUUUUCUCAGAAAUACACUUUUCGUUUGAUCUGAUGUAUUGUGCGAUGCAGUGCAUAUAUACAAUUAUGAUGUAUUAUUCUUAAAAACGAGGAUUUUUGAGGUCAUCAGUGGCAAUCAUAAUGGCAAACGACGACAACCGCUUUAUAGUGGAAAAGUACAUUUGUCACAAACUCUUGAAACGAGGAUAUGCGUGGGAUUUCGAGGAUGCCGAGGAGGAGGAAGGUGCUGCUAAUAAUGGGUCGAUGAUUUCUCCUCGGCCGGGUUUGGCACGGCGGUGCCACGGGGCCAAUAACGGCGGACCGGGCAGCGUCCCUAGUCUUUCCAAAUGGCUCUCCCAACCGGACCCGCAUGCAGCUAUUCACAGAGUUUUGCGUGAGGCCGGGGACGAACUCGAAAGACUGUACCAGCCCGACUUUGCAGAGAUGUCACACCAGCUGUAUCUCACAUCCUCCACGGCUGAGAGGAGAUUUAGAGAGGUGAUAGACGAGCUGUUCAGGGAUGGGGUUAACUGGGGACGGAUUAUCGCCUUCUUCGAGUUCGGGGGCACAAUAUGCGUGGAAUGCGUGAACAAGGAGAUGACGUCGCAGGUGGAUCACAUCGCGGUGUGGAUGACAGAGUAUCUAAAUGGACCACUGCUCAACUGGAUUCAGGAGAACGGGGGAUGGGAGGCUUUUGUUGAGCUCUAUGACAGACAGAGGGACUCGGUGUUCUGUUCGUGGCCGUCCAUCAAGACCGUCUUCGGCCUGGCUGCACUGGGGGCCGCAAGCCUUACCAUCGGAGCAUACCUUACACAGAAGUGAAGGAGUUCUCCUUUUCUCUCCCUCUCUUUUUGUCCUCCCUCCCUCUUGCUACUUUCUCUUUUCAAAGGCAGCCCUGCCCCCUCCGAGACGAUCCUGAAUCCCCAACCUGCAUGUCUUCAAAGCCUCUCUCUCUCUCUUUCUCUCCCUGUUCUCGAAAAAACUCCCUCUUUCUUAACCCUCAUUUUAUAAAACAAAGGCCCAAAUCAAACAACAGCAGGAAACAGAGUCACUGCCCAGACAGAAGAAAACAUGUCAUGAAACAGUCACUGCCCACAGAGAAGAAAACAUGUAAUGAAACAGAGUCACUGCCCACAGAGAAGAAAACAUGUCAUGAAACAGAGUCACUGCCCACAGAGAAGAAAACAUGUCAUGAAACAGAGUCACUGCCCACAGAGAAGAAAACAUGUCAUGAAACAGUCACUGCCCACAGAGAAGAAAACAUGUAAUGAAACAGAGUCACUGCCCACAGAGAAGAAAACAUGUAAUGAAACAGUCACUGCCCACAGAGAAGAAAACAUGUAAUGAAACAGUCACUGCCCACAGAGAAGAAAACAUGUCAUGAAACAGUCACUGCCCACAGAGAAGAAAACAUGUCAUGAAACAGAGUCACUGCCCACAGAGAAGAAAACAUGUAAUGAAACAGAGUCACUGCCCACAGAGAAGAAAACAUGUCAUGAAACAGUCACUGCCCACAGAGAAGAAAACAUGUAAUGAAACAGUCACUGCCCACAGAGAAGAAAACAUGUCAUGAAACAGUCACUGCCCACAGAGAAGAAAACAUGUCAUGAAACAGAGUCACUGCCCACAGAGAAGAAAACAUGUCAUGAAACAGAGUCACUGCCCACAGAGAAGAAAACAUGUCAUGAAACAGUCACUGCCCACAGAGAAGAAAACAUGUCAUGAAACAGAGUCACUGCCCACAGAGAAGAAAACAUGUAAUGAAACAGUCACUGCCCACAGAGAAGAAAACAUGUCAUGAAACAGAGUCACUGCCCACAGAGAAGAAAACAUGUAAUGAAACAGUCACUGCCCACAGAGAAGAAAACAUGUCAUGAAAGCCGUGCCGUUUAACUGUAAUCACAGAAUGUUUGGAGAGACAACUGAGGGCUUGACAAGAGAGGAGAGGAGGGGCGGGUUGGCAUGUGUCCUUUUUGUUCGGCCUGCUUCAGUACUAGUUGUAGCAUGAAACCUUUGUGUGCUCGUGUAGAUUUGUGUAGCAUGUGUCGGUGUGGCAAAAGAAAGCAGAUAUUGCACCUGAGGCCUCCCUUGAAGGAUUUACUAAUAGGAGUGCAAGGACAUUGAUGAUUCAACCGCUUGCACCAAGGUGAUGGCCCCGACCCCGGUUGUUAGGGCGAGGAGCUCUUUUGAACUGUGUGCCCCUUUCAACCCACCUUCAAAGGACUUCCUCCACACAACAGCAGCUCUGAAUGUAUAAUGGAAGGAGUUCGCCACUAACCAGAACGGUGUGUCUGUCCACCCACCGCUUCUACAGUGCAAUAUACCAGGAGCAUCACUCGACUCUGAACACACAGCAUCGUUAUAAAUACAUGUAUAGAUACAAGGUCUCAUCAGAACGCCAUCUAGGUGCCACAGAUGCAGCUUGCCCUGCAGAGAUCUGAAAGAGAGCUGUUGGACUGUGCAGUGGAGCCUCUUUCUUUGCAUUUGACCCAUAUGAAAUGUAAUAAGAGAGGAUAGAGGGAGGCAUGGUAGAGAGGAUAGAGGGAGGCAUGGUAGAGAGGAUAGAGGGAGGCAUGGUAGAGAGGAUAGAGGGAGGCAUGGUAGAGAGGAUAGAGGGAGGCAUGGUAGAGAGGAUAGAGGGAGGCAUGGUAGAGAGGAUAGAGGGAGGCAUGGUAGAGAGGAUAGAGGGAGGCAUGGUAGAGAGGAUAGAGGGAGGCAUUGUAGAGAGGAUAGAGGGAGGCAUUGUAGAGAGGAUAGAGGGAGGCAUUGUAGAGAGGAUAGAGGGAGGCAUUGUAGAGAGGAUAGAGGGAGGCAUGGUAGAGAGGAUAGAGGGAGGCAUGGUAGAGAGGAUAGAGGGAGGCAUUGUAGAGAGGAUAGAGGGAGGCAUUGUAGAGAGGAUAGAGGGAGGCAUUGUAGAGAGGAUAGAGGGAGGCAUUGUAGAGAGGAUAGAGGGAGGCAUUGUAGAGAGGAUAGAGGGAGGCAUGGUAGAGAGGAUAGAGGGAGGCAUGGUAGAGAGGAUAGAGGGAGGCAUGGUAGAGAGGAUAGAGGGAGGCAUGGUAGAGAGGAUAGAGGGAGGCAUGGUAGAGAGGAUAGAGGGAGGCAUGGUAGAGAGGAUAGAGGGAGGCAUUGUAGAGAGGUUGGAGGGAGGCAUGAUAGAGAGGAUAGAGGGAGGCAUGGUAGAGAGGAUAGAGGGAGGCAUGGUAGAGAGGAUAGAGGGAGGCAUUGUAGAGAGGAUAGAGGGAGGCAUUGUAGAGAGGAUAGAGGGAGGCAUUGUAGAGAGGAUAGAGGGAGGCAUGGUAGAGAGGAUAGAGGGAGGCAUGGUAGAGAGGAUAGAGGGAGGCAUGGUAGAGAGGAUAGAGGGAGGCAUUGUAGAGAGGAUAGAGGGAGGCAUUGUAGAGAGGAUAGAGGGAGGCAUUGUAGAGAGGAUAGAGGGAGGCAUGGUAGAGAGGAUAGAGGGAGGCAUUGUAGAGAGGAUAGAGGGAGGCAUUGUAGAGAGGAUAGAGGGAGGCAUGGUAGAGAGGAUAGAGGGAGGCAUGGUAGAGAGGAUAGAGGGAGGCAUUGUAGAGAGGAUAGAGGUAGGCAUUGUAGAGGAUAGAGGGAGGCAUUGAAGGAGUGAAAAGCAGGUUAGUUAGAGCUUUUGGCAGCCCAAACCCCUGUUUUAUCAAUCAAAUCAAUCAAUCAAAUGUAUUUAUAAAGCCCUUUUUACAUCAGCCGAUGUCACAAAGUGCUCUACAGAAACCCAGCCUAAAACCCCAAACAGCAAGCAAUGCAGAUGUAGAAGCACAGUGGCUAGGAAAAACUCCCUAGAAAGGCAGAAACCUAGAGAGGAACCAGGCUAUGAGGGGUGGCCAGUCCUCUUCUGGCUGUACCAGGUGGAGAUUAUAACAGAACAUGGCCAAGAUGUUCAAAUGUGCAUAGAUGACCAGCAUGGUCAGAUAAUAAUAAUAAUCAGAUGUUACUGACAGAAAGUGAAAAAAUAUUAUCCCACCUAGCUGGGUUUCUGGCUUAGUCGAGAUCAGAGAGGGAGAGAGGGAGAGAGGGAUAGAGGGAGAGAGAGAGAGGUAAAUAGAGAGAAAGAAAGAGAACGUGUGAGAAAUAAAAAAGAGGGAGCAAGAGAAGAGAGAAUGUCAAUGUGGAUACAGAGAAAGAGAACAAGGAGUUUUAGGAACAUACAAUGCUUGGGGACAAACAUAAGAGAGACAGUGAGCCUCCCUCUCCAGACCUAGACACUCUCAGUCUCAUCUGCAGGAAGAACUGACUCUCCCAGAAAGGCAUGGAUCAGUUUGGCCUCACGUCACUCACUCACUGUGUCAGCAUUUUGGAUGUCUCUGACUGCCUCUCGUUGUAGUACUCUUUAUCUUUCUCUCUAUCUCUCUUGGUUUCUCUCUCCCCCUCUUGCCUGUACAGUAUGUCUGAGCAGAACUCAUGGCCUCACCCAAGCCAAGCCACUGCUGUAAGGGGACUGAACCAAACCGCCAAUUCUCCUAGAACAUGUGUCCUCCAGCUGCUACUGUUGCUGGGCUCUUAGGGGACAAAGAGACCCUCCUCACAGGCCACGUUAAUGGUUGAUUCCACAUUUAGGACGACCAUGUUGGAGACAUAGUAAAUCCCAGUGUGCACCUCUCACAGUAUCUCGAACCGUAUCAAACUCUCACAGCAAGAAGAAUCCCUGUUGGACUCUGUACUGUGUUGGAGUGAAGUGGUGUCCAUUGUAUUCCCAGUAAACUGAGAUAUUUGAGCACCCUUUGCGAGGUUGGCACCGGCUGGCACAGAGCGCAACAUCUCUUCAGAGUAAACAAUCAUUUCCAACAAUGUUUUAUGUGUUUGUCUAGCGUUCCGGAAAAGCUUAGGGUUCUAUUCAAACUGUGUCGCUGAAGCGCUACAGAUGGCGUGACAGAAACGUGAAGGUCAUUUCUGAUUGAGCCGACAUAUACAAUGUUUACCGUGGAUGCAGUCUCCUCCAACGAGAGAACAUUACCUUUACAUUUCAGUUGGGCUUUCGCGCUGAACUCUGGAGAUCUGGAUUGAAUAUAGCCCUUACUAUCCAUAUGUACUCUCUUGCUCUCUCUUUCACACACACACACACACACACACACACACACACACACACACACACACACACACACACACACACACACACACACACACACACACACACACACACACACAGUAUGUUUAUGUAGAUAAGUGUAAAGAGCAUGUUGUUGAACCAUCUAAAUUCCGUGUAGACUGUCAUGUGUAGACUGUCAUGUGUAGACUGUCACUUUUUUCAAAAACAAAUCUCAUUCUUCUUUAAUGUCUUCUUACAUCAAUGCAAAAAAAAAUGAAUCUGAAGUUUUCCCAGAAUGAAUAUUCACUAUGUAUACCCAUAUCUACUGUAUAUCAGAAUAGGACAAAUGAUACAUAUGCCAACUUCUGAUUUGUAUUUAUUGAGAGGUACCAGAACACAGAUAUUUAAAUCAUAGAUGGGACAACAAGUUAAGAUCAUGGAGACACUCAAGUGUCUAGAGAAAUGGUAUCUUUAGUUUUAUUAAUGGAACAAUACACUAUUUGGGGCUGCUAUUGUAUCGAACGUAACAUUGAAUAGUGACUUUCUGCGUAAGACGUGUUAAUUUUGGCUUAUCGCUGCUAUACUGUAUAGUCCUGAUUUAACUUAACUCACAGCUUCAAACUGCCACACAGAUACAGUAUCGUUAUAGAAAGCUGUAAACCAAAGUUAACCUGUAAGUAACAUUGUGUUCAUAGGAUGUGAAGAUGUAGCAUGAAGAGAUAAACACAGGCCAAUUCACUUUCACUCCUUUGAAAGAGUGUCAGAGUCAGAUUUUGCAGGAUUUCUGUGGAAGGGUUGUUGUAAAGAUGCGUCCCAAACGGCAGCCUAUCCCCUUUAUAGUGCAUUACUUUUGACUCGGGCCUGUGGGGCUCCAGUAAAUAGUAGUGCCCCAUGUAGGAAAUAGGAUAUAAUUUGGGGCACAGUAAAUAUUAGCCUGCUUGGUGUUGUUCAUAAUGUUUCAGUACAUACUGUGGCACCCAACUGUAUAUAUGGUCACCCGUGCUUUAAUGAUAUGUAUGUAUGGUGAUAGUUAACAUAGUUAUGAAUUCCUUCUCAAGUGUAUGUAGUGGCAGAAAACAGUCUCCACAUCUUGUGCUUUUUACCUGCUAGAUUAUAUCAUCUUAACCACAGGCACUAUUAUUUUUCUAUAAUAACAUUAGUUGUGAAUCCCCCCCCCCCUACUCGUGAUAAACCCUCAAUGGAUAUGCACAUAGACACAUAUAAAAACAUUGUUUUCAGUACUGUAGUCUUGUCCAGACCUUUUAGAUAAUUAGUCAUUAACCUGUUCAUAAUUCAAAGAUGUGUGAUGGUUUUCUCAGAUCCCCUACUGUAAUGCUGUUUAAAUGAUUGUAGCCUACAUGACACCAUGGUUGUAGCAUUGUAAAUAGAAUCCUCAGCCUGUGGCACUUAAAAAGGUGAAAGGAAAAGCGUUACCAUUGUUUACUGCUAAGUAUGUAUUCACAAUAAGCUAGCUGGGAUCAUGUUGUUCCCAAUAAACCACAUAUUUCCUGCA